AUGCCCUCAGACGAAAUCGCAGUUAUCGAAGAAGCAAACGAUUCCAACUCUAAAAGCGAGAAGAAGAAAAUCACUCUUGCCGCGAGCAACUCGAAUUGGUCCUCCAGGAGGAAUACCCAGGUCGUCGAGGAUGAGGUCUUUGGUCAUGUUGGCCCAGGCGAAGCAGGCCCCAACUAUCGCGGCCUUUCGUGGAUAGGUACCAUCGCCCUCAUGACGAAAACCCAAGUCGGUCUCGGUGUCCUGGCUAUUCCCAAAACGUUCCAUACCCUCGGCCUCCUCCCCGGCGUCUUUUGCCUCGUAGCCAUCGGUGGCAUGACAUCUUGGUCGGGUUACAUUGUUGGUACUUUCAAGCUCAGACACCGAGAAGUGUAUGCCAUAGAUGAUGCUGGACGAGUGAUGUUUGGCAGGAUUGGCCGCGAAAUCUUUGCUGCGAUCUUGAUGCUGAACUGGGUCUUCAUCUCUGCAUCAGCCAUGCUCGGUAUCUCGGUUGGGCUCAAUGCUGUAUCAGACCACGCCCUUUGCACCUGGUCUUGGGUCAUUAUCGCCGCUGUCAGCACGGGUCUCCUGGCUAGCAUCCGAACCCUGGGCAAUAUAGGAUGGAUUGCAUGGGUUGGCAUUACCGGUAUCAUGAUCGCCAUCUUCUCUGUAACCAUCGCUGUUGGAGUCGAGAGAAGAGGAAGCCCGGCGCUUGUUUCGGGAAACUCCACGGCGUUCAGGGCCAUCAACAACCCUCCAUUUGCCGACGCCAUGGCAGCAGUCUCUAGCCACAUCUUCGCCUACGCCGGGGUGCCCGCCUACUUUCCCAUCAUCGCCGAGAUGCAACAGCCGGAGCAUUACACAUCAGCGCUCAUCUGGUCGCAGGUUAUUAUGACUGCUGUCUACGUUGUGAUUGGUGUUGUUAUAUACUGCUUCGUCGGCUCCAAUGUUGCCUCUCCUGCUCUGGGUUCUGCAGGUGAAAUCAUGAAGAAGGUCAGCUACGGAUUUGCUCUGCCGGGCCUUUUAGUCAGUGCCAUGAUUGUCACUCAUUUACCUGCCAAGUACAUCUUCCUCCGUGUCCUCCGCGGCUCUGAUCACCUCCACCGCAACAGUCUUGUUCACUGGGGUACUUGGCUUGGCUGCACUGCCGGCAUUACUAUCCUCGCCUACAUCAUAGCCAGCGCUAUCCCCGUGUUUGAUCCUCUUGUGUCAUUAAUUGGUGCAUCUUUCGGUGUCUUCCUUUGCUUCCAGCCCUUCGGAUGCAUGUGGCUGCACGACAACUGGAGAUCCCGGAACCGUAGCCUCAGGUGGAGAGGAAAGUUCGCCUGGAGCAUAUUCAUCAUUAUUAUUGGCACCUUCCUCAUGAUUGGCGGUACAUUUGGCUCUGUUGAAGGCCUUAUCAUUGCCACUACUAAUGGACAUGGCGCAGCUUGGGGUUGCGCGGACAACUCUAGGCCUGGCCCUCAGCUCGUGAACUUGACAGCCAGCACCACCUCAACGGCCACUCCCUAA